AUGAAUCAAGAACAAAUAAACACUGGAUUUGAUCCCAGUCCAGAAAACGUGGCGUCAAAAGACUCUAAGGCUCUUCAUCUGCCGCCAGAAAUGAUGAAACCGUCUAUAAAUGGAGGAGACCAAAAAAAGAAAGAAGAUGUGGAAGACAAUGAACCUGAACGGGCGAUGUGGGGAAAUCAAAUAGAAUUCCUUAUGUCUUGUAUUGCGGCAUCAGUAGGUCUAGGAAACGUAUGGCGGUUCCCUUUCGUCGCCUACCAAAAUGGCGGCGGAGCUUUUCUUAUUCCCUACGUCAUUGUGCUAAUUUUGAUAGGAAAACCUAUGUACUAUCUCGAAGGAGCUAUAGGACAAUUCAGUUCCCGAAAUUCCGUCACAAUAUGGGCUUUAUCACCAGCUAUGAAAGGCACCGGUUACGCUCAAUCUCUAGGCUGUGGAUACAUUUUGUCGUACUACGUAGCUAUUAUAGCCUUAUGUCUGUACUACUUGUCCAUGAGUUUCCAGUCUACUCUACCCUGGGCCGUGUGCCAACCCGAAUGGAAGGACUGUGUUCCGUCGGACCUGACGGAGGACAUUAAUUUAACGGAAAAUUCAACGAGUAGUGCCGAGCUGUAUUUCGUAAAGACUGUCCUUCAACAAAGCGAAGGUAUUGAAGGAGGACUCGGUGCACCUAUAUGGUAUUUAACUUUGUGCUUACUUGCAUCUUGGGUUGUUAUCUUUCUCAUAGUGGCUCGGGGAGUCAAGAGCUCAGGCAAGGCUUCGUAUUUCCUCGCCUUAUUCCCGUACGUCGUAAUGAUCAUUCUGCUCAUCAGUACUGCAAUCCUUCCCGGAGCAGGCGACGGAAUAUUGUUCUUUAUAACACCAAAAUGGGAAAAACUUAUCGAACUUGAUGUGUGGUACGCGGCGGUAACGCAAGUAUUUUUCUCGCUGUCCGUGUGCACUGGUGCUAUUAUUAUGUUCUCCUCUUACAAUGGAUUUAGACAAAAUGUUUACAGAGAUGCAAUGAUUGUGACAACUCUGGAUACUUUUACGAGUUUGCUUUCGGGUUUUACAAUAUUCGGUAUCCUCGGCAAUUUAGCAUACGUGCUAAAAAAAGAAGUCGGGGAAGUAGUAGGCACUGGUGGAACGGGUUUAGCCUUUAUCUCCUAUCCGGAUGCAAUUGCCAAGACUUUUCAGCCGCAACUGUUCUCAGUCCUGUUCUUCUUAAUGAUGUCAGUGUUGGGGGUUGGUUCAGCUGUGGCGCUACUGUCAACCAUUAACACGGUGAUGAUGGACGCUUUCCCGCGCAUUCCCACCGUCGUUAUGUCAGCGAUAUGUUGCAGUGCGGGCUUCCUUGUCGGACUCGUUUACGUCACCCCUGGUGGCCAAUUCAUUUUGGAAAUCGUCGAUUACUACGGUGGUACAUUCCUUAUACUCUUCUGCGCAAUUGCUGAAAUCGUCGGUAUAUUUUGGAUUUAUGGACUUGAAAACUUCUGUCUUGACAUUGAGUUUAUGUUGGGAAUUAAGACUUCUAUUUACUGGAGAUUUUGUUGGGGCAUAAUCACUCCUGUUAUGAUGAUUGUCGUAUUUAUUUAUGCGUUAAUUUCAUACGAAGCACUUGUUUUUGGCGGUUAUUAUACUUACCCGACAGCAGGCUACGUUUCCGGUUAUCUGAUGCUGCUAGUCGGUAUCGCAUUUGUCCCUCUAGUUAUGAUCUUGGUGAUGUACAAGAACAGGACAGGAAAUUUCUGGGAGACUUUCAAACAAUCAUUCCGAUCCAAACCUUUGUGGGGUCCUCGCUCAACAGCAACCCGCCACGAAUGGAAGCUUUACAAACAGGAAGCCAUCGCAGAGCGAGAAAAGCUCAACACCACAUGGCUUACACACAUCUGGCUCAGUCUAUCGAAUAACUACCAACAUCGAAUUUAG